CUUUCCCGCGCUGCUGUCAAAAAGCAAGGAGCGACAUGGGGAGAAUCCUGCGCCUCGAGGUGAACAACUUCAAGUCCUACGGAGGCAAGCAGGAGAUCGGCCCAUUUGCCAGGUUCACCGCCGUCGUGGGACCGAAUGGGUCGGGGAAGUCCAACCUCAUGGACGCGAUCAGCUUCGUGCUAGGCGUGCAAAGUCGCCAGUUGCGGUCGAAUCAACUGAAGGACCUGUUGCAUAAGAGUGGAUUGGCACCAACUAUUCCCGAAGGAGGUGCUUACGUGUCCCUUAUCUAUGAGCUGGACGACGACGAGAAGAAACGUCUUCAUGGGAAGCACUCUGGUGAAUCCACAUCGUCCCGCGAACUGACGUUCACUCGUUGCAUCUCCGAGAAGGGCGUCGGGUCGUACCACAUUAACCACCAAGACAAAUCGUAUGAAGAGUACGAAAGCGCGCUCAAAGAUCUCGGCAUUUUGGUCAAAGCGCGCAACUUUUUGGUCUUCCAAGGCGAUGUCGAGUCGAUUGCGUCCAAGUCGCCGGAUCAACUCACGCGCAUGUUUGAGCUGAUUUCGUCGUCGGAAGAGCUCAAGGACGAGUACGAAAAGUGUUUGCAGGAAAAGGCCGUGGCCGAGGAAAACACGAUCUUUGCGUACCAAAAGCGCAAGGGGCUGGCCGCGGAGCGAAAGAUUGUCAAAGAGCAAAAGGAAGAAGCCGAACGGUUCAAGCAGCGGCGAAACGAAUUGGCCAAGACCAAGCAGGAGUACUACCUGUGGCAGGUGCGCCACUUGGACGUCGACGCCAGUGCUCACAAACACGCGAUCGCCCAACUCAGCGACAAGUUGGCGACGUUCCAAGCCAAACAGCAGGACAUUGCAGCCCUGCAAAAGGACCAAAAGAAGGCGCAUGCGACGCAGUUAAAGACGUGCCGGCACCUGGAUGCGUUGGCCGCGGACGUGGCGCGCGAGUUGGAGGACGUGGCCCCGCGAACGAUUCAGUUGAACGAGCAGAUCAAGCACGCCAAGAAGAAGCUCGACGCCGCGUCCACGAACGAGAAAGCGAUGGCGCGAAACGUCGACAACCACGCGCGCGAAGUGCAGGGGCUGACGGCGGACGUCCAGGACCUCAAGCAAGCCCAAGCAGAACUCGAUGCGUCCAAAGACGACCAAGAGCUCGUGCUGGAAGGGGCGCAGGUCGACGAGUUCAAUCGCAUCAAGAACGAAGCCAAAGUCAAGACGCUGCAACUUCGCAACACAUUGGGAUCGCUUCAGAUGCAUCACAAAGCCGACACUGGCCGGUUGCAAGCGCUAGUUCGAGAUGAAAAGGAACACUCGGACGAGUUGGCGCGCAUGAACGAAGACCACGCGAGUGCCGUAGCCCGCCUCGUGGAUAUUCGACGAGUCGUUGCCAAUAGUACAUCUGAAAUCCAAGACACGGAGGCGGAGCUGUCGAACGCAGAACAGUUUGAAAAGGCUUUGGCAGACAAGAAACUCGCGGUAAAAGCCGAGUUGGACCAGAUCCACGUGAAAUUACGCCAUGUUAAAGACGGUAUGCGCCAAAGCAAAGCGGACCAGCGCAAGGCCGACACACUGGAGACGCUGACGCGGCUCUUCCCGGGGGUGCGCGGCCGAUUGGUCGACUUGUGCAAGCCCAUUCAGCGCAAAUACAACAUGGCCGUGACCGUGGCGACGGGAAAGCACAUGGACGCGCUGGUCGUGUCCGACUACAAGACUGCCGGCGACUGCAUUCAGUACCUACGCGAACAACGUCUCGAGAGCGUCGAGUUUAUCCCUCUCGACAGGAUUCGCGUGACUCCGCCGAAUGAACGAUUUCGUCGACUCGGUGACAACAUCAAGCUGGUCGUGGACGUGAUCGCGUGCGAUGCCGACAUCCAACCCGCCGUCGCAUACGCUGUGUCGGACUCGAUUGUGUGCGAAUCCAUCGACGAUGCGAGAGAUGUGUGCUUUCGCCGCAAUGAAAAGGUCAAGGCAGUCACGUUGAACGGCAUGGUGGUGAGCAAGAACGGCAGCAUGACGGGCGGCAAGACGCACAAGGACGCUGCGCGGUCGGAACGAUGGGACGAGAAGGAGACGGCCGCGUUAAAAGCCCAGCGAGAACAGUUGCACGCGCAACUGGCAUCGCUGGACAAGGAAAGCACGGGGGUCGUGCGCAAGCAAACCCUCGAGACCAAGCUCGGGUCGUUGACGAACCGGCUGCGGUACGCGAACGCAGACAUCAAGACCACCGAGAGCAAACUGCCCAAGAUUCUGGCGCGGCAGACCGAGUGCCAAAAAGUGCUCCAACAGAUCGCCCCGGAAAUUCAAACCCUUCGCGGCGCCAUCGCGGCACGGGAAAGCUCGAUGGCUCGGUUGGAAGUGGAGAUCAAUAUGGUGGAAGACAGCUUGUUUGAAGGGUUUAGCCACCAGUUUGGCAUUGCAAGCAUCCGCGAGUACGAAGAAAACGUGGUGAAGCAGCGGCAGGAGCGGUCGGAUCGGCGCCAGCAGCUCGACUCGCACUUGGCCAAAGUCCAAGCUCAGCUGCAAUAUUUGCAAGCGCAAGACCUGCCAAGCGACUGGGCCAAGCUCAAAGACAAUAUAGCUAAGCAAAAACGUGCGUUGAAAGCGCUCGAGAAGGAGAAAACUGACCUGCAGACUCAAACCGCGGCCUUGGAAGUGACGUCGGAGCGUCACGUGGAGGCGUCCACGGCCGCCCACGACACUUUGAAACGCAUUGAAGGGGAACUCAAAGCCAUUUCGAAGCAGCGCGACGACCAAAGUGCCAAGGCGGCCAGUGUCCAGAAGCAGUUGGCGGUCGAAGAGACAGCCGUGGAGCGAUUCAAAGACAAGAAGGGCGAAGUGCUCAAGCGCGCCACGAUGGACCAAGUCAAGCUGCCCGUGGUGGGGGACGCCGUUGGCAGCGACGACGAAGAUGUCGACAUGUCCGGGGAGUCGAUUUCGCUCACAAACCAAGCCGACACUCGGUACGCGGCGAACGAGAUUGACUUUUCCAGCCUGGAACAGCUCCAUUUGGACAGCGACAAGGCGCGCCAAGACCAUCUGCUCAAGUACGAACAGACGAUUGCGGCUAUUGCUGGCGACCUCGAGCGAAUGCAGCCCAACAUGAAAGCCCUCGACAAAUAUGACGAGAUCCAAGCGCGUAUUUCGCACGAAGAAGAAGAACUGGAGAAGAUCAAGGUGCGGUGGUUGAAUAUCUAUUGAUAUUGGUAAUGUGUCGAGUACAGGCCAGUGCCACGGUGGCGUGCCAACGGUUUGAAGCAGUCAAAGAUGCCAGAUAUGAACGAUUCAUGGAGGCAUUUACCCACGUGUCCGAGUGCAUUGACGACACGUACAAGAACCUGACCAAGAGCUCCAAACAUCCGUUGGGGGGCACGGCGUACUUGAGUUUGGAGAAUUCGGAGGAGCCCUACUUGCACGGGAUGAAGUACAACGCGAUGCCUCCCAUGAAGCGGUUUCGAGAGAUGGAGCAACUUAGCGGCGGUGAAAAGACCGUGGCGGCGCUGGCGCUGCUGUUUGCCAUCCACAGCUACCAUCCGUCGCCGUUCUUCGUGCUGGACGAGGUGGACGCGGCGCUGGACAACGUCAACGUCAACAAGGUGUCGACGUACAUCCAAAAGUGCGCGUUCCAGUGCGUGGUCAUCUCGCUCAAGGACGCAUUCUACGAAAAAGCCGACGCGCUGCUGGGGGUGUGCAAAGAUAUUUCGUCGCAACGGUCCAAAGUGCUCACGUUGGAUCUCACGGCGUACGACGAGUAACACUACAAAAAUACUUGCAUUAAUAUAUGACGAGACACGGAUCAAUAAUAUGUCGAACGAGCAGCGAUAUGGAAUUAAUAUUCAUAGGAUAUCGUUUAAAA